UGACGCAAUGCAUUUCGUCCCGUCACAGCUCUCUUUUUGCCUUUCAGUUUCUUUGUUUUUUAAACUGAACCUUUUAACCUCAUUCCCCCCCAUCCAAAACGUACGCACGCAUCGUACAUUCAAAAGAUUUCAAUUUUCUCCCUCUCAUAGGAAAAUGACCAUCAAUUCAUCGUCUGCAGCAACACAUCGACCUGAACAAGGCCGGCCGUACCCCGUCUCGACGUACCGUGUACAGCUCAGAAAAGAGUUUGGGUUUGCGGAUGCGGAGGGUAUUGUACAGUAUUUGAAGGAUCUGGGUGUUACGCAUUUAUAUUGUUCGCCUUACUUGCAGGCCACCCCUGGAUCUGCCCAUGGAUAUGAUGUCGUGAACCACAGUGUGAUCAACAAGGAACUCGGCGGCGAAAAGGGCUUUGAUAAUCUCAUCAAGAAGCUACACGCUAACAACCUCCGGGCGAUCGCAGAUAUCGUGCCCAACCAUGUCUCUGUCGCCGAUCCAGAGAAUCUCAAUCCAUACUGGUGGGAUACUCUAAAGCACGGAAGGGAUUCACGUUAUGCCAGCUGGUUCGACAUUGAGUGGGAUCAUCCCCAGUUGAAGGGAAAGGUCUUGCUACCGGUCCUGGGUGGACCUGUUGAAGAGAUUAUUAGCCGGGGCGAGCUCAAGGUGGAACAUGAAGAUGGUGAACCGGUCCUCAGUUACUGGUCCCAUGUGUUUCCGAUAAAACCUGGAACAGAGGCGCUAAAGGAUGACAUUGCCAAACUGGUUGAGGCACAGAAUUACAAACUGGCGUUUUGGCGGGUCACAUUAGACGGAACAUUAAACUACCGACGGUUUUUCGAUGUCACGACUUUGGCAGGAAUUCGAGUGGAAGACAAAACUGUAUUUGAUGAAACACAUGCCAUAUUCGUUAAACAAAUCCGGGAUGGUGCUUUGGACGGAUUGAGAGUGGAUCAUCCAGAUGGACUAGCAGAUCCUCAGGAAUACGUUGAGAGAUUAGCGGAGAGCACAGGAGGCUCAUGGAUUGUCAUUGAAAAGAUUCUGGAAGAAGGGGAGGAAUUGCCAGCUUCGUGGCCUUGUGCUGGAACGAGCGGAUAUGACUCGUUGAUUCGAAUUACCGGGCUGCUAGUGGAUAAGAAGGGAGAAUCACCCUUGACAGAUGCAUACCACAAGUUUACCGGGUUGACCAAGGAUUUCAAAACAGUUGUGAACGAGUCCAAGCAUUUCAUUUUGGAAAAGUCGCUAGUAGCCGAAGUAGAGCGGUUGGUAUCGCUCUUGAUGAUAAUUCAGAAAGAGGACCAGCAGGCACAUGAUUUGAAGCGAGACUCUAUCCGUGCGGCAUUGGUAGAAUUCUUGGCAGCGUUUGACGUGUACAGAGCAUACAUUCAACCCGGAAAACCAAUCCCAAAAGAAUCUCUUGUACAUCUCGCGUACGCUGACGAGACUGCUAAAAAGGCUUUCAAAGGGCUGCGGGAUGCCGAGGUAGAGUUUAUUGUACGGGCGGCUGCGUACAAGUCCGGUACCUCCCCUGCAGCGAAAGAAUUUGUGAGCCGACUGCAACAGACUUGUGGACCGGUUAUGGCCAAGGGAAUUGAAGACACGGCGUUUUACCGCUACUUUCGGCUGACGGCUUUGAACGAAGUAGGAGGCGAUCCUGGCAAUUUUGGUAAAUCUCCCAAAGAAUUUCACGAAGCCUGCCUCUCCAUGCAGUCCAACUGGCCCCUUUCAAUGACGACGCUCUCUACUCACGACACGAAGCGUUCGGAAGACGUUCGUGCGCGUUUAGCCGUCCUGUCGGAAAUCCCACAAGAAUGGUCUGAACGCGUUCAGCAGUGGUCCUCUCGUGCAGAGGCAUUAGGUCUUCGCAAAGGCCCUACACUCCCCGACAAAAACACGGAAUACCUCUUUUGGCAAUCACUAGUUGGAACAUUCCCAAUCAGCAAGGACCGGUUGGUAGCCUACAUGGACAAAGCCAUCCGAGAAGGGAAAGUUUACACAUCGCAUACGGAUGCUGUAAAGGAAUUUGAUGAUGCUGUAAAGAAUUUUGUAGAGGGUGUAUUGGACAACAAAGACUUGUUGGCGGACGUGGAGAAAUUCGUCACGAGAAUACAAGAUUACGGACGCCUCAAUGGACUGACCCAAAAAGCUAUCCAGCUCACCAUGCCCGGCAUUCCGGAUGUAUACCAAGGCUGCGAAAUUGAAGAUUACAGCCUUGUUGACCCAGAUAACCGCCGACCCGUUGACUUUGCCAACCGGCGCAACCUUCUUACCAAGCUUGACCACCAAAAUACUCCCCCAAAAGUUGAUUCGGUUGGAUCAGCAAAAUUGUACCUUGUCUCCAGACUCCUCCGGCUGAGAAGAGAGCACCCUAGUUGGUUCGUAGGUGAAGAAGCGACGUACGAGCCUUUACAGGUUAAUGGGCCCAAAGUGGACAACGUAAUUGCCUUUGGACGGUCAGGGAGGGUAAUUACCGUUGCUCCUAGAUUAUGGGUCAGCAUCAAGGAAGGCGGUGGAUGGCAAGGAACGACAGUACGGUUGCCAGAGGGGCAGUGGAGGGAUGUAUUUAGUGGGAAAGUAAGAAAGGGCGGCGAGCUAGAGGUUGAGAGUCUGAUUGAAGAGUUCCCCAUCGCUGUGUUGGUUAGAGAAGGUCUGAACGAAGAGUAGAUAGCUUGGCAGAAAACACAUUUUCACUAGUCCUCCUCUUUCAUUUCGUACACAAUACUUUCUUGAGAAUUAUCAGAGUUAUCCCGCUUUAUUUGCCCC